CCUUCGGCUUUUAGUAAUAGACUCAUAAGGAGUUCACUUGUGUCAGCGAAGUCUCAAACAAAAUCUUUGUGGGAGUGCCCACCUUGUGUUUGAUAAAAUUAAGGAAUGGCAAUAGAGAAAGGGAAAGUUCCCACACCCAUUCCAAACUCAAAGAAGCCUGUCAAUCUCUUCUACUCACUUGACUGUGAAGACCUUGCUCUCAAGGUUGCUGCUCGCUGUGAUCACAUCAUUCUCCAGAAUAUCAAAUGGAGGUCUUUUGCGGAUGGAUUUCCAAACAUAUAUAUAAACAAUGCAGAAGAGCUCAGAGGUCAGCAUGUUGCUUUCUUGGCAUCUUUCAGCUCUCCUGCACAUGUCUUUGAGCAGCUUUCUGUCAUAUAUGCGCUCCCUCGUCUGUUUGUUGCUUCCUUCACAUUGGUGUUGCCGUUCUUUCCAACCGGUUCCUUCGAGCGCAUGGAGGAAGAAGGUGAUGUGGCAACUGCCUUCACCCUUGCAAGGAUGUUAUCAAACAUCCCAAUUUCGAGAGGUGGCCCAACCAGUUUGGUCAUAUAUGAUAUUCAUGCUUUGCAGGAGAGGUUUUAUUUUGGGGAUGAGGUUCUGCCCUUGUUUGAGACUGGUAUUCCUCUCUUAAAGCAACGACUGAGUCAGCUUCCGGAUGCUAAUAAUGUUGUUAUAGCAUUUCCAGAUGAUGGUGCUUGGAAGCGAUUCCACAAGCAGUUCGAUAAUUUUUCAGUGGUGGUAUGUAACAAGGUUCGUGAGGGCGACAAGAGGAUAGUUCGGAUCAAGGAAGGCAAUGCAACUGGUCAUCAUGUUGUCAUUGUUGAUGAUUUGGUCCAAUCCGGCAGCACUCUGAUUGAAUGUCAGAAAGUUUUGGCAGCUCAUGGUGCAGCAAAGGUGAGUGCCUAUGUCACCCAUGGCGUAUUUCCUAACCAAUCGUGGGACCGGUUCCUCCAUAAAAACGAAAGCUUGGAGAAAGCCUUUACCCACUUCUGGAUCACAGAUUCUUGCCCCCUUACUGUGAAAGCUAUAGGAAACAAAGCUCCUUUUGAAGUGUUGAGUUUAGCUGGCUCCAUUGCUAAUGCUCUACAAAUUUGAAGGCAAACAUUACCUUAAAAACUAAUAAUGUUCCAUUCACUUGAGUUUAACAUCCUAUCUUUAGCUCCCAACUCAGUGAAAAGUGUGAAUUUCCUCUUGCUUUGGACUGUAAUCUGAACUAAGUUGUGGUUGUCAAUUCUUAACAUAAGACCCAUCAAUCAAUGCAAUCAUAUCCGUCUUAUCUUUU